ACGUGCAGCGGUUCAAAGAGGAAGGAAGAUGGCGGAUAACAAAGGCGAGGAGGAUAUGGAUCCGUCUGUGAGUUCGGACUCAGUGCCUUCAGCCACAGAUACCGAGCCGUCGGACGACAAAUCCGAGACUGCGGAAACGGUCGUGGAAGCAAAAAAGGAGGAGGAAAACGAAACGGAGUCCAGUGAUAAUAAUAACAAAGCACCGACACCCACCAGCGACGGAGGGGACGUUAGCGGCGGGACCGCUGGUGCGGGCGGAGAAGAAGAAGCCGACGGCAGCGGCAGUCCCACGGACACCACCGGCACCAAUGCGGAGCCCGCGGCGGCCACCGAAGCCGUACCCGCCGGUGCCGGGGGGGACGCUCCUCCUGUCGGCGGGCUGAGUACGGAGAUGUCCCCCCCUCCGACGGCUCCGGCCGCCGCCGCCACGCCGGUCCCCGCUCCCAUUAAUUUAUUGGAUACGUGCGCAGUGUGUAAACAAAGUCUGCAGAGCCGGGACUGUGAGCCCAAACUUCUGCCCUGUCUGCACUCCUUCUGCCUCAAAUGUAUCCCACAGCCGGAGAGACAGAUCAGCCUCCAGGUGCCCGGACCUCACGGACAGACGGACACUCACAUAGUCAACGUCAUGCGCUGUCCGGUGUGUCUCCAGGACUACAAACAGAGUGACAUCAUCGACAACUACUUUGUCAAAGACACCACAGAGGCCACCAGCACGUCUGAUGAGAAGUCUGCACAGGUGUGCACGAGCUGUGAAGACAACGCAGGGACGAUUGGCUUCUGCGUGGAGUGUGGAGAAUGGCUGUGUAAGACGUGCGUGGAGGCCCACCAGAGGGUCAAAAUCACCAAGGACCACAAGAUCCGCACCAAGGAGGACGCCAGCGCCGCCUCAGAGUCUGUGGGGACGGCGGGACAGAAGCCUGUUUUCUGUCCCAUUCACAAACAGGAGCCGCUCAAGCUUUUCUGUGAGACCUGCGACACACUGACCUGCAGGGACUGUCAGCUGUUAGAGCACAAAGAGCACAGGUACCAGUUCCUGGAGGAGGCCUUCCAGAACCAGAAGGGCAUGAUUGAGUCCAGUAUAGGCAAACUGCAAGAGAAGAAGAACUACGUCCAUUAUUCUGUGUCUCAGGUGCAAAGCAGGCUUAAAGAACUGAAUGAAACACAUCGGAAAGUGGAGCACGAGAUCAAAAUUGCUGUAUUUACUCUAAUAAAUGAGAUCAACAAGAAGGGGAAGUCUUUGCUGCAGCAGUUAGAGAGUGUGACCAAAGAGCGCAGUAUGAGGCUGGUGGCUCAGCAUAAGGACACCACCCAGUUAGCCCAGCAGAUCCACCAUGUGCUCAACUUCUGCCACUGGGCCAUCAGCACCGGCAGCAGCACAGCCCUGCUGUACAGCAAGAGACUGAUCCUUUAUCAGCUUCGCCAGCUCUUCAAGGCUCGACUGGAGCCUCCGCCUCAGGCCAACGGAGUGGUGCGGUUUUUCUGCGACCCCACCUUCUGGGCUAAGAACGUGGUGAAUCUAGGUAACUUGGUCAUAGAGAAACCUCCUCCGCCUGUCCAACCGCCCGGCGUCAUGGCAGGAGGACCGCCCAUUUCGCCGGGCCAGGGUCACCCGGGCAAACACCCGGGUCAGAUCAAUCUGGCCCAGCUGAGGCUGCAGCACAUGCAGCAGGCGGCCUACGCCCAGCAGAAGCAGCAGCACCAGCACCACCAGCAGCAGCAGCAGCACCAGCAGCAGAUCCAGCAGCAGAUGCGCAUCGCCUCUCAGAUGUCCCAGCAACACGCCCGACAGGCCGGCCCCGGCAUGGUGCAGCAGCAGCCUCCCAGACUCAUCAGUAUGCAGCCCCUUCCCAGAGGUCCUGGGGGUAUGAACGGUGGGCCAGGCCCCCCCAUGUACCCCACCUCCCAUCACAUGCGUCUGCCGGGGCCACCCCCCCAGGGCCGGAUGCCCACGGCUCAGCCCAGACAUAAUGGACAGCAGUACCCCCCCAUGAUGCAGCCUCAGCUCCAGAGACAGAUGUCUGUAGAAUCUGAGAUGAGCCACCAAAGGUUUCGUUUCUUACUUCAAUCAGGGCAUUCCAACCCCGGCCACGCCGGCCCCUUCCCGGUGGCGUCGCUCCACAACGCCAACCCCACCAGUCCCACCAGCGCCAGCAUGGCCGGAGCCCAUGCCCACCGCGGCCCCGCCAGCCCCGUCAUCGGACCCAUUGAACUCAUCCCCUCCGUCACCAACCCGGAGAACCUGCCCUGCCUACCCGAGAUCCCGCCCAUUCAGCUGGAGGACGCUGGUUCCAGUAGUCUGGGCCAUCUGCUGUCCCGCUACAUCACAGCCAGUACACAGCAUCAGCUGGGCCCAGUGGACAUGAACGCCUCACCUGGACUGUCCACACACUCCCCUGGAUCUUCAGGUGUGUCCAACGCCCAUACCCCAGCCCGUCCUUCCAGUACGUCCAGCACAGGCAGCAGAGGCAGCUGCAGCUCCUCUGGCAGGGCUGCGGCGUCUGGGUCCAGCGCCGCUGUGGACCCGGUCCGGGUGAAGCAGGAGCCCGGCACCGACGACAGCUACAACUGUCCAUCAUCAUCUGUGAAGACGGAACGAGGAAAGGACGGGAGGAGCGCCUGCAUGAUGAACAGUCCAGAUAACAGUCCUCAUCCUGGACUGGGAGGCGUGUGCACAGCUCCGUCUGCGGGAGACCGGAUCAAAACCGAGCCCCAGUCCGACACGCCGUGUUCGGGCCUGAACGGCUCCUCCUCCUUUUCCACUCUGACCUCCACUACCUUGGCCAGCGGUGGCACGCCACUCACCAACGGCAACGCAGACAAAAGGGCGGAGACCAAAGAGGGUGGGGUUCCAGCCAACGUGGCCAAUCCCACCCAGAAAGACGAUGACCCCAACGAAGACUGGUGCGCUGUCUGUAUAAACGGCGGCGAUCUGCUGUGCUGCGACCGCUGUCCGAAGGUUUUCCACAUGAAAUGCCACGUCCCCACCAUCAAAAUCUUUCCAAAGGGUGACUUCCUGUGCACGUUCUGCCGGAGUGUUUCCAGUCCAGAGAUCGAGUACUGUGAUGACAGCAGGAGAAUCAAGGGCGAGCGGAGCCUGAGUCCUGAGGACCAGAGGAGGUGUGAACGCAUCCUGCUCUUCAUCUUCUGCCAUGAACUCAGCGUGGGCUUCAGGGAACCUGUGCCUAGUUCUGUGCCCAAUUACUAUAAGAUUAUCAAGCAGCCCAUGGACCUGAAGAAGGUGAAGAAGAAGCUGCAGCUGCGCAGCUCCCAGUACUACCAGUCCACCCAGGAGUUUGUGUCUGACAUGCGGCUGGUCUUCAAAAACUGUGCACAGUACAACGAGAUGUCUCGAAUAAUCCAGGUUUAUGAUGAGGAGAAACAGAUUAAUACUCAGGUCUCCUCUGAAAUGGCCAUCUCUGGUAAAGCCGUCAGUCUGUAUUUCGAGGAGAAGCUUCAGCAGAUGUUUCCUGGACAGAGUUUCCCUGAGGUGUCGGACGCAGACUUCCCCGAGCCGACGGACAAGAACGAGGACGAGGACACGGACGAUUCAGGGGACGACUUCAUCCAGCCCAGACGCAAGCGCUUAAAAACGGACGACAAGGUGGUGCACAUCAAAUAAAUGAACCAGAGGAGGAGGACGACAGAAGGAGGAACGACCAACGGAACCGUCUGUCCUCCUUCUGCUGGAGGACCCAGGCCCAGGGGGGACCAGGUCCAAGGUGGGACCGGGUCCGAGGUGGGACCAGGACGUGUGCACCACCUGCUGGGCCUUUGAAACCUGAACUUCUGCCUUGAACAUGGGAGGAGCUGCUGGCCACGCCCACUCAGAACAGCCACACCCCCUCAGAAUGACCACGCCCACUCAGAUGCUUGUACAGACUGUAAAACUAGAACUCGUUUGCAAAACUUAAGUUAAAGUUCUGCCGUUUCUUUUUUUUUUUUAUCAUCCGUUUCCAUUUGUAGAUUUGAUGUGACACACUGCUUUAUAAAC